AUGUCUGGGCGGGCAGGAACUCAGUGGCGAGUAAAGCGGCACGAGCACCGCACGCGAAUGUUUUCCGUUCUAAUUUGUGUGUGAAUUGUGUCAAGGAUCUGCAUAGUACACAUGUGAUAUUAAUGCAUGAGAUACAUCAAUAUAUAUGUACUUUACAUAUAGGGACAUACAUACAUGUACUAUAUGUAGAAUGAAAUCGGUACAUGAGCAACGAAAGCCGAAUCCGGUCCUAAAGGCCAAUUUCCUCUCAAAAUGGUUUUUUAUCUGGACACACGAGAUUCUCGCCAAGGGAAUGCGAAAGAGCGUGGAGCCGUCGGAUCUGUAUGCUCCCGUACCCAAACUCGACAGCCCCAAGGUAUCGCAGUUCCUCCUCGGCCACUGGGAGAAGGAGCUUAAGCGCCCCAAGCCCAGUGUUUUGCGUAUGGUCUUCCGGGCAUACGGCUGGGGCUUUGUGCCCGUCAGUAUAAUCUACUCGCUGCUGGCCAUCGUUGUGCACACUUUGCAGCCAUUGCUGCUGGGCGGCCUGGUAUCCUACUUCUCGGAGAGCACCGACGACAUCUCCAAGAAAUCGGCCUACUUGUAUGCCAUGGGCGUGGUCCUGUGCUCCCUGGCCUCGGGUCUCUUCUUCCACCCCUUUAUGCACUAUCUGUUCAGAGUGGGUGGCCGCAUCCGGCUGGCAUGCGCUGGACUCGUCUACAGGAAGUGCCUGAGGGUUUCGGUGGCUGCGGACAACAGCGGCAUGAGUGGCUAUGCCAUAUCCCUAAUGGCAACCGAUCUGCCGCUGUUCAACGAAGCCUUCUACUUCUUCCACGAGCUGUGGCGCGGACCGCUGGAGGGGCUGGUGUUCGGCUACAUCAUCUUUCAGCUGAUUGGCUGGCCGGCGCUAGUGGGAAUGGCCACCAUCAUCGUGUUCAUUCCACUGCAGGCUUGGGCUGCGCGGGCGACGGCCCGCUUCAAGCGGAGAUCGGCGGAGUUUGGCGAUGAGCGGGUGAAGCUGAUGAACGAGAUCAUCACGGCCAUGCAGCUGAUCAAGAUGUACGCGUGGGAGAAGUCAUUUGCCAAGCUGAUCGGCCGGGUCAGGAAGAAGGAGUUGAGCUCCAUACGGGGAUCCAUGUACAUCUAUGCGGCCCUCCAGUGCACCGGAAUGAUAUCGAAGCUGUCGCUCUUCCUGUCCAUGGCUAGCUACGUCUUCACUGGGGACAUUGUCACCUCGCAGAAGGUCUUCAUUGUUUCCAGCUACUACGACCACCUCAACGAGUCCCUGCUGCAUCUCUGGCCCCUGGCCAUCAACAUUUGGGCCGAGACUUUUGUCGUUGCCGGACGCGUGGUGGACUUUCUGCUGCAGCACGAGGAUCCCGCCGACGGCGGGGUGGAUAAUUUCAAGGAUGUGGACGAGGACGUGGAGCAUGGAAACUUCUUUGGCCGCAUGCACAAUCCUCGUGCCAUACACAAGAGCGUCACCGUACAGAAUCUAACGGCCAGCUGGGACCAGGCCAAGCAGGAGAAACGAAAACGCCACAUCGAUGACAUCAGCUUCCAGGCGAUGGAGCAGCAGUUCGUGGGUAUUGUCGGCACUGUGGGCUCCGGCAAGAGUACCCUUCUGCAGGCCCUGCUGGGGGAGCUGGACAUCCUCAGCGGCAAUGUGGAGCUCAACGGUGUCCUCAGCUAUGCCGCCCAGGAGCCGUGGCUGAACCGCUGCAGCCUCCGCGACAAUAUCCUCUUCAUGGAGGCCUUCGACGAGCAGCGAUACAACGAAGUGCUGCGCGUCUGUCUUCUGGACAAGGACAUCGAGGAGCUGCCCGCCGGAGAUGCCACCAUUGUGGGCGAGGGAGGAGCCAGCCUCAGUGGGGGCCAGAAGGCGAGGGUAAGUCUGGCCCGUGCCGUGUACCGCAAGGCCGACAUCUAUCUGCUGGACGAUCCCCUCUCCGCAGUGGACUCGCAUGUGAGCAAAAUGCUCCUCGAUCGCUGCCUCAACGACUUUCUCAGCGAUAAGAUCCGCAUCCUGGUCACGCAUCGUGUUCAGCUGCUGAAGCAUGUCGAUCAUUUGGUGCUACUGGAGGGUGGUCGAGCCUCCAUUCAGGGCCAGUACGAUAAUCUGAAGAAGCUCAUCCGGUUCCGCAUGUCGGUGGCCAAUGACAGCGAGGUGACUAAGCUGCGUGCCGCACGCACUGACAGCAUUUUCGAGGAGACGCAGCCCAGGGAACCCCUCACGCAGCAGCAGCAAAUCGCUCUGGAUCAAAAAGAGCAGGAGUACAAGGAGCAGCAGCAACGGGGAUCGGUCAAAUGGUCCACGUACAAGGCUUACCUCGGAGUCGUGGGCGUUCCUUCUGUGGUGGUGCUGAUUCUUAUGCUUUUCAUUAUAGCCCGCGCCUCAGAGGCCACCAUGGAUAUCUUUCUCUCCAAAUGGGCCACCUGGGAAGAGACGGAGCCCAAUCAGCACGAGCCCAUCCCGCAGUACCACAGAACGCGUAUGCGCCUAGUCACCCUCUACCUGGUUCUAAUCCUGAGCACGCUGAUCUUAUAUGUGCUCCGAACCUUUGGCUUCUUCAUGAUGUGUCUCCGCAUCUCGUUGCGCAUCCACAACUACCUCUUCCAGGGCGUAAUCCGCGCCAGCAUGCAGUUCUUCACGCUGGCAACAUCGGGGCGUAUACUUAACCGUUUCUCAAGCGACGUCCUGGCCAUUGAUGUUACUCUGCCGCAGUCGAUGAUGGACUCCAUUGAGUUCUUUGUGGAUGCCUUGGCCGUUCUCGCGGUGGUAAGCACGGCCAACACUUGGCUGCUCAUUCCGGCCUUCAUUGUGAUGGCAUUGCUGUAUCUCUGCCGAUGCCUGUACAUUGGAGCCAGCCGGAGCCUGAAGCGCAUCGAGACCAUCUCCCGCAGUCCCCUUUACUCCCACACGAAUGCCACCUUUAAGGGACUCACCACGAUCCGUGCCUUCAAUGCCACCAAGCGCCUGGAGCGGGAUUUUCAUCGCUUACAGAAUGAAAAUACCUCGGCCCUGUAUCUGCAUGUGAGCGUCAACCGGGCCUUCGCCUUCUGGACGGACCUCAUCUGCGUGCUGUAUAUCCUGGCGGUGACCUUCAGCUUUCUACUGUUUGAUAGAAGGGAGCACGGCUACUACAGCGGCGAUGUGGGAUUGGCCAUUACCCAGUCCAUGAAGCUGGUACUCAUGUGCCAGUGGGGCAUGCGGCAGACGGUGGAGCUGGAGAACCAGAUGACCAGCGUGGAGCGGGUGAUGGAGUAUGUGAACAUACCCUCGGAGCCGGCCUACGAGACGCCGGAGUCGGUGAACCUGCCAGCCAAAUGGCCCACUGCUGGUCAGGUGCAUUUCCAGGAUCUGCGCCUGCGCUACAGCGAUCAUGGGACGUAUGUCCUCAAGGGACUAAGCUUCACCAUCAACCCAAAGGAGAAGAUUGGGAUCGUGGGUCGCACGGGCGCCGGCAAGUCCUCCAUUGUGCAGGCCCUGUUCCGACUGGCUCCAGUCGACGGCAUCAUAGAGAUCGAUGGCUACGAGACAUCCAAUCUGGGACUCCACGAUCUACGCAGCCGCAUGUCCAUCAUUCCUCAGGAUCCUGUCCUAUUCUCGGGCACACUGCGCUACAAUCUCGAUCCGUUUGAGAAGAAAACGGACGAGCAACUGUGGCAGGCGCUGGAAGCCGUCAAGCUGAAGCAGUUCUUUGCGGGUGUGAAGGAAGGCCUAAGCUGCCGUCUCCACGAUAGCGGUGCCAACUUCAGCAUGGGCCAGAGGCAGCUGGUCUGUCUGGCCCGGGCCAUACUCCGCCAGAAUCAAAUACUCAUCAUGGACGAGGCCACGGCCAAUGUGGAUCCCGAGACUGACAAGCUCAUCCAGGAGGCUAUACAAACCAAGUUUGAGCAGUGCACGGUGCUGACCAUCGCCCAUCGCCUGCACACGGUGAUGGACAAUGAUCGCGUACUGGUCAUGGAUGUGGGCCGCGUGGUGGAGCUAGGACAUCCGCACGAGCUGCUUCAGCGCCGCAACGGGCAUCUCUAUCGUUUCGUGGAGAAGACCGGAGUGGGUACCGCUCAGCAUCUGCGCCACCUGGCCGAGCAGAGCUACCGCAAGCGGGUGCUGGGCAGAAGGACUCGGGACUGCGAGCCUGUGCCUGAGCAGGGCUAUCAUGGCACCACUCUCUAAAAGACUGCAGCUUAUACUAAUCAUAGAUAUAGACUACAUAUAUGUAAUAAUGUACUCGUACACAUGUGCCGAUUGUUUUGUUCUGUAAGGUAUGGUAAUAUAGUUUUUAUUAUAGUGAACUGAUCUUUAAAUAUCUUUUUUAUAUAUUGUAUGUAUAUAUUUAUAUAUGUACUUCAUAAUAAAUACGUUACUUAGUUGAUUCAACUCUCCCGUUUGCCUUUCUUGAAGUUGGAAAAAAGCAGUUUAUCUUCAUGCAUUCUCUACAUAUAUCUGCUAUAUAUAUAGUUUCUUUGCUACUCGUACUGUCUGGCUUUGAUUCGCUCUCUAUAACUACGAUCCUUUGCUAGUUUACUUUGAUUUAAAUCUUGUUUCUUCUUCGGGUAGGUAGUCACAAGUCACAUGA